AUGGAGUAUCCGUUGGAAGUCAACAGCUACAGAACCACGGACGAGGAAAAACGGUACUUGGACAGGCAGCAAAACAACCACUGGCAGGACUUCCGCAAGGGCGCCGAGAUCCACAGGCGUGUGCGGGCCAAGGCCAAGCAGAAUAUCAGGCCUGGCAUGAGCAUGCUUGAGAUCGCCGACUUGAUCGAGAACUCCAUCCGCGGAUACACCGGGAACGACCACACGUUGACGCAGGGCAUAGGCUUCCCCACGGGGCUCUCGGUGAACCACGUGGCCGCACACUACACGCCCAACUCGUCGGACAAAAUGUCCUUGAAGCAGGAGGACGUGAUGAAGAUCGACAUCGGCGUGCACGUCAACGGGCACAUCGUGGACUCGGCCUUCACGCUCACGUUUGACGACAAGUACGACAACUUGUUGACGGCCGUGCGCGAGGCCACGUACACGGGCGUCAAGGAGGCCGGCAUUGAUGUGCGGUUGAACGACAUUGGUGCGGCCGUCCAGGAGGUGAUGGAGUCCUACGAGAUGGAGCUCGGCGGCAAGACCUACCCCAUCAAGUGCAUCCGCAACUUGAACGGCCACAACAUCGGCGACUACGUGAUCCACUCGGGCAAGACCGUGCCCAUCGUGGCCAACGGCGACAUGACCAAGAUGGAGGAGGGCGAGACGUUUGCCAUCGAGACUUUCGGCACCACCGGCAAGGGCUACGUGGUGACCCAGGGCGAGUGCUCGCACUACGCGUUGAACCAGAACAUCGACGGCGUCAAGUUGCCCUCGCAGCGCGCCAAGGAGCUUGUCAAGUCGAUCCAGUCUAACUUCGGCACCUUGCCGUGGUGUCGCCGGUACUUGGAGAGGGCAGGGGAGGAUAAGUACCUUCUUGCCUUGAACCAGUUGGUGCGUGCCGGCGUGGUUGAAGACUACCCGCCAUUGGUGGACACCACGGGCUCGUACACUGCGCACUUCGCUACACAACAUUAA